CGCCCGCCGCGGGGCCUGCAGGGCGGGGCUGCCCCGCCGACACCGGGGGAGGGUCGCUUCGGCCCGGUCCGGCCACCGGGGAACGCCAUGUGGGGAUCGGGGCUUGCUCCCUCGCCCGGGCUUAGCCCCAUGCGGCAGCCUCCGAGGUCCCCGGCUCCGGCAGGGGUGAGCCGCGGCGCUCCCCGGGGGGAACCGGAGGGGUCCGGCCCGCCCCGGAGGGGCUCUACCGGGAAGAGGUGGGUCUGGGCCCCCCGCACGGGGCCGGGAGGCGCCUCUCCGUCCGUUGGCAGGGUUCUCGUCUCUCGCUGCCCCGUCUGUCUUGGGGCGCCUUUGCUGCCCUCUGUUUAGGCUGCACGGGGCAGGGGCCCGGGCGGUGCUCGGGGGCACCCCCGGCAGGACCCCCCCAGCCAGCACCCAGAGGGUCGCCGGAGGGUCCCAGCGCAGCAGAGGCCUGUGGAGAGGCCACGCCGAGAGCCCUCCGUGCCGGGGAGCCCUGUGGGACCCCCACAUCUCUCCAGCCAGCUCCCCUCGAAGCUUUGCGGUCUCCCUUCCAGGGCUGCAGCCCCCUCCCUGCUGCCCCAGCCUCUUGCCCCCGGGGGGAGGCCACCCGCGGUGCCCAGCCCUGCAUCCACUGCCCACCCUGGGAUGCUCUUAGGGCUGGGCAGUGAAGGGGCACCCCCGGGGUGGGCAGCAGCACAGGGCGUGCAGUUUGGGAGUCUCAGGGAGGAGGAGCUGCCCCGGCAGCCGGGGAGGGCGGCAGGCUGCACGGUGCCCUCCAGCAGCCUUCUGCAGGCUGCGGGUGGGGGGCAGGAGCCCGCCUCGAGAUCCCCCCCAGAUUGCUUGGAACCCACCUCGAGGCCCCCCAAAACUGCUCGGGAGCGACCUCGAGAUGCCCCCAGCUGCUCGGAGGUGAGCUCGGGGAGCUGCCCCCCCCCCUCGGGCUCCCCUCUGAAGGGCUCUGCCUCACCGAGUUGGCCUUUUGUGCGCGGGGGGGGCACCGGCUCGACCCCCUCGCGGCUGUUCUUUGCCCCUCGCCGACUCCCGGUGCCACCGCAGCUCUUCCCCUCCACCCCCGCCCCGUGGCGGGGACCUGAGGGUGCCCCUCUCUGCCAAGCGGGUCCCGGGCAGCCCUGGGCGGGCAUCCAACCCAUCUGCUUCUCCUCCAUCCCCCCCCCCCCCCGCUCCCCAUUCGCUUCCCGUUCCCCCCUCAGGAAGCAGCUCGGGCUCCCGGUUUCCUCCGCCGGUGGAAGAACAAAGAGAGGCUGGCAGGCAGUCAAGUGGCUCCCGGUGGGCCAGCCCUGCCGCCCGCCAGCGCUUCCCUCCCCUGCUGCUGCUGCUGCUGCUGCUGCUGGAGCUCCAGCCCCCACCCUGGCAAAGCUGCUGGGGGGGUCAGCAUCUCCCCAGCCUGCUGCCUCGCUCGGGAGGGAGCCUCCCGGCAGCAGGGACCUGCUGUGUGGGGGAGAUGUUCUCCAAUUUCCUUUUAUCUUUUUUGAAGGGGUUAUUAUUGUCUCCUUUUGGCCUUUAUUUACCCCCCCCCCCCCCCACACACACACAGUUCCCUCUGCCCCCUCCCUUCCCUGCCUCAGCAGGCAGCAGAAAUCAAACCCCUCCAGGUCCUGGUGCUGCUUUGGUGGCUGAACGCUGCCUGCAGCCGACCCUGCAAGAGGCCCAAGCAGGGCUUGGCUCUCGGGGAGCUCUGCAAACCUUUGGCUGCUCCCCCCCAGCUCCGUUGUGGCGCAUCAGGGGCAGUGCCAUGCUCCAGGGCAUGGCUCCAUCCCUCGUCUGCCCUUUGAGCUGAUGCAGAAGCAUCCCCGGGGCGAGUCUGUGCCCAGCCAGCUCUGCCUCUGCUGGGUCAGGGAUGUGCAGGGAUUGGGUUUGAAUAAUGCUGUGGAAGAAAGAGCAGAGACCCACGGAGGGGGCCUGACCCCCACCAAGAGCAGCCAGGGGUUGAGGGAUGGACAGACAGACAGCCCCAGGGGGCUGGGGAAGGAGGUGGAGGGUGGAGCAGCCUCUCCUCUGGGCCACCUGCUUGGGAGAUGCUGGCUGCUCACGCUGGCCUUGGGGAGAGCUGGGGAACUGGACCCUUCCCACUCCUCCUGCUCCCGGGAGGAGCUGGUCCCUUUUCCCUGGAGGAAUUGGACCCUUUCCUCUCUCUGGUCCCAGGU